CUGACCGGGAGGUUCAGCGCAUCCUCCUGGAGCUCCUCAACCAGAUGGAUGGCUUUGACCAGAAUGUCAACGUCAAGGUGAUCAUGGCGACGAACCGGGCGGACACCCUGGACCCCGCCCUGCUGCGUCCAGGUCGCCUGGACCGGAAAAUUGAAUUCCCGUUGCCGGACCGCCAUCAGAAACGUCUCAUCUUCUCCACCAUCACCGGGAAGAUGAACCUCUCCGAGGAGGUGGACCUCGAGGACUACGUGGCGCGGCCGGACAAGAUCUCGGGGGCUGACAUCAACUCCAUCUGCCAGGAGGGUGGCAUGCUGGCGGUGCGGGAGAACCGGUACAUUGUGUUGGCCAAGGACUUUGAGAAGGCCUACAAGACCGUCAUCAAGAAGGACGAGCAGGAGCACGAAUUCUACAAGUGA